AACCUGCUUCCUUCAUUUAUUAGCUUUGCUUCCUUACCGGGAAGAAAAAAACCCCUCCUCAACAAAUUCACAUGCACGUCUCGCCACUAACACUGCAAAACAUUCAUUCAUUGUCAGCCUCCGCUCGGUGGGGCCGUGUCGGUCGGUCAUCACAACAGGUUACAAGGAAAGCGGGCAUGAUGCUCACCAGCCGACCCGAUUGAAAGGAAGGAGGCACACAGACAUCUCCACCCGCCCACAAGGAAACACAUCCUGGUGGGACCUCUUCGCCUGAGCUCCGCGCUCUGUUUGCAAGCCAUGGCAUUUGCUUUCUGCGCAGUCUGUGCCACCCUGCCUUCAUUGAGCGUCGGCGUGCCUACUGACCAUGGGGCUCAAGUCCAGGAAUGUUAAUGGCUCCGGCGGCGGCUCCGGCAAGAAGCAGCGGGUGGGUUUCGCCGCCGAGACCGAGCCCGGGGCGGUGGGGGUGGGGCUGAGCUCCGGAGGCGACCGCGACGGCGCUCGGCUGCUCGAAGGGAAGAGCAAAGGAGAAGGCAGACCGGGAGCCAAGCAAAGCCUCAGCCGGCUGACCAAACCGCUGAGCGGCCGGCCAAGCAAGAGAAAAGCCAGCUACAGAAAGCUGCAGAACUUUAUCUACGAUGCGCUGGAGAGACCCGGAGGAUGGGCUCUGGUCUAUCACGCCUUCGUAUUUUUGUUAGUGAUCGGGUGCUUAAUCCUGGCCAUUCUGUCAACAUUUGAUGAAUAUGAGACACUCUCACAAGAAUGGCUCCUAAUACUGGAAGCUGUUACCAUUGUGGUAUUUGGCUUAGAGUUUGGUCUCAGGGUCUGGGCAGCUGGCUGCUGCUGUCGAUAUAGAGGAUGGAAAGGGCGCCUGAAGUUCAUCAGAAAGCCAUUAUGUCUUCUAGAUAUCAUCGUCUUGAUCUGUUCCGUGGUGAUUGUUGCCGUGGGGACGUUGCAGAACAUCGUGGCAACGUCGCUACGAAGCUUGCGAUUUCUACAAAUACUCCGCAUGUUGCGGAUGGACCGAAGGGGAGGCACUUGGAAACUCUUAGGUUCCGCAAUCUGUUCACACAGCAAGGAACUCAUCACUGCCUGGUAUAUUGGUUUUCUAUCGCUCAUUCUAGCCUCGUUCCUCGUUUACCUGGUUGAAAAAGAUGAUAAUGCCCGGAACAGCACACAAGACUUCAACACCUACGCAGAUGCAUUGUGGUGGGGUUUGAUUACUCUGACUACAAUUGGCUACGGUGACAAGACUCCGAAGACAUGGGCAGGUCGUCUGUUGGCUGCGAUGUUUGCUCUUGUGGGAGUGUCAUUCUUUGCUUUGCCAGCUGGCAUUCUUGGCUCAGGGCUGGCUCUUAAAGUACAGGAGCAGCAUCGCCAAAAGCAUUUUGAAAAAAGACGAAAUCCUGCAGCAAGCUUGAUCCAGACUGCGUGGAGAUUUUAUGCCACCACCAUCACCAGGAACGAUCUUACUGCCACCUGGAGAUACUACGAGACUGUCAUUGCAAUUCCUUUCUUCAGAAAAAAUCAAGGGGAUGAAGCUACCAGCCAGAAGCUGAGUCUCUUCGACCGAGUUCGCAUUUCAGGACCCAGAGGUGCCAAUGUAAAGAGCAAGCAAUUUACACCACUGCACACUGAGGGAGUAGAAGAUAGUCCUUCAAAAGACCAAAAGAGUUUGGGUUUCAGUGACCUUCGAGCUGCAGUUCGCAUUAAAGCUUUUGGAUUCAGACAAAGCUCAGAAGAUGCCGCUGAGGUGGAACAAGAACCUGAGGACAAGGCUUACCAAACUGAUCUCAUGAAUGACUUGAUCCCGACACUGAAAACUGUUAUCAGAGCAGCAAGUAUACUGAAGUUUUUCCUCACCAAGAAAAAAUUCAAGGAGACAUUACGACCUUAUGAUGUGAAGGAUGUUAUUGAGCAAUACUCAGCAGGCCAUCUGGAUAUGCUUUCAAGGAUAAAAUAUCUACAGUCCAGAAUUGAUAUGAUUCUAGCACCUACAAACCCUUCAACUCCAAAGCAGAAGAAAACAAGCCUGAAAGGUUUUAUGUAUCCUUUACAACAGUCACCCAAAAUUGAUCCUGAGGCUGAAGACCAAAGUAUGAUGGGAAGAUUUGUCAAGGUUGAAAGACAGGUAGACGGAAUGGAGAAGAAGAUUGACUUCCUGGUGGACAUGCACGUUCAGCAGAUGAAUGCACAGCAAUCGGCAUCAACUGGGUAUUAUUCAACAAGAGGUGCGGGGCCUUCCACUGGGCAAAGUCCAGUUGACAACAAGGUGGAAGACAAAUACUCUGAAAUUAAAAGAGUCAUCUCAAACUAUACUGAUUCCUGCACCUAUAUGGUGCCUCAGAAUUGCUAUCAAGUCCAAGUCUCUUCUGUUGCUCCUUUUGGUUUCUUCAGACCCAGCACGGGAAGUACAAAGUUUACAUCUUUAGCUGCCGACUUGUCAAGAUUUCCCCCACCUCCUGCUCCAUCGUAUACGGAAAGACCAACGGUUCUUCCAAUCUGUUCACUGACAGGCACACCAGAUAACGUAUGCCCUAACUAUCAGGGAGGAAGCUUAACAAGUCCCUUCUCGGACAAAGUAACAGCGAGGCAGGGAAGAAGCACACAAGACAGCGACACCCCCAUCUCCCUACUCUCGAUCAACCAUGACGAACUGCAGCGGUCACCAAGUGGUUUCAGCAUCUCUCAGUCAAAGGACGACUUGACAUUUGGAUUUUAUGGGGGCGGAAGUUGGCCUAAAUCAAAACUUUACUUAGCAGAGGGUGAAACAGACACGGAUACUGAUCCUUACACACCCUGUGGUUCUGCACCACUCUCAUCAACAGGGGAAGUACCUCCUGACAAUAUAUGGUCAAUGUCAAACAAACCAGUUUAGCAGGGGUGACUGAUUGAAUCAUAUGUACAGUUGAUAUUAACAAGUUCACAUUCCUUGCUUUAUGCAAAACCUCCAGAGCUGACAACGUUGCAUGUAAUGCAUGGACAUUUUGCUAGAUAACUGUUAACAUUUUUAAUAUUCCAAGAGCAAUUGUUUUGAUAAAUACAUUUUGAAAGUUGUAAAGAUUUGCAUGUUAGUGCAUGAGCAAUUUGAACAAUAUUAAUAAGAAAGCUACAUCUCUUCUGUGUUAUUGUAUAGUAAUUAUGUAAUUUUAAUCCCUACAAUAUAUGUGGGUUAGAAUCUAUGCAGAAAGUUAGUUGGUAUAUUUGUUUUUAACAGAGCUUUAACCUGCAAAUAGGCUCUCAAAGAGACAGUGUUCCUUUCAUUAACCUAACUUACUGAAUGGGUUUUACCUUGGCAUUUCUUUUUCUUGUUACAUUUUAUAACUGCAAUUUUGCCACCAAGUAUAAAUAUUGAGAAAUUUCUUCUGAAAAGUUUAAUUUCAAAUAGAAAGCCAAAUUGAAAAAUCUGUUCCCUUGUACUGUAAAAAAACUAGCAACAUUUGUGAAAAGCAAAAAUCCCUAAAGCCACAAUUUAGGGAGCUGGUGGAACAAAAUAAAUUAAGGGAUCAACUAAUGGUGAUUACAGUGCUACAUCCUACAUGGUGCAAAUACACAACCGUCGUGCCCCUAUUGUGUAUGGGUUAAGGAUUUUGUUUUCAAUCCUACAAACACUUUCACAAUCUUUUGCACCACUUCAAGUGCACUUACCUUGCCAUGUCUUAAAUGUAGUCAAAUGAACUACGAACGGAAGGCUAUUGUUAGUUUUAUUGGACUAACUAGAGUAUAAUGAUGGUAGAAACUGAUGGUGGGAUUUUAACAAAUGUGGCGUAUCACUUUUUUUUUUCAGUUUUGUGUGCGGCAAAGCAGAACCUUUGUGAAUCUGCAGCUUUCAUGACCUUAUUUGAAAGAAGCGAUAGAAAAUGCAAGGAAUUAUUAAUUGUGUGCUAAAAUAAUUGAAGUAGCUGCAGAUGGAAUAAGUAGCGGUAAACUGUGGAUUGAAUGAAACUAGAAGUUUUAUGAAACAGUAGAGUAAUAUUUAUGUUUAAUCAACAGUAGAUUGCCUAACCAGGUACAUGCCAUGUCUCUCGAUCUCUUGGCCAGCAGUAAGAAUAUUUCCAUAUUACCACACCUAUUUCCUCUCUCACCAAAGUAAAUUGUUCAUAUUUUUAAAUUCAACUUUCUAAUUCCAAGAAACUUGCACAAGGAAAGGUAGUUACCAGAAUAUGAGAGAGUUCGUACUAAUGAAUGUGCUCCUUUGUCAUUGGACACCAUAGAGAAAUAUUUAAUAGUUUUCCUUUUUUGCCUGUUACAUUGGAUUACGUCAAAUAAAGGCAAUGCAUCUGAACAAUAGUGCAGCCACUUUCCUUAGUAGUCAUUUGGUGUAUUUCCUGUGCUUUCUGCCAGCACAGUUGACUCAUUGAAUUAUAUGUUACCAUUGUGUUUUAAAAGAAAAAGCUCACUCCUUGAGUCUAACCCAUUUGCAAGACUAAAUCAAAUCGGUGAGAGAGUACAGCUUUAGCAGGAUAUAAAGUAUUAUCUUUAAAUAUUAUUGUAGUUCAAGCGAAACAGAUGCAAGAUCUUUCAGGAUUUAAUUUUAGAAAGGAGAACUGGUAUAAAAAACAUAUUUUUUAGAUUGGAUAUCAGAUCAAUUGAAUGGCAAACAGGCCAAACAUGAUAUCUAUUUGUUACAGUUCAUGAUAUUUCCAAUAGUCCAAAAUAAAAAGAAAGGAGAGGGAUGCUGUCUCUUUAAGAGUAAAGUAUGAAAGGGCCUGCCAUACCUUUUGUAACAUUAACAAUUUGUUCUACUCUGUGUUUUAUAAUAUUUCAAACUAUUAAAGGUAUAUAUACUGAAACUGAGAAUAGCUGACAGGUAUUUGUGCCUUGCACAGGAGACAUUUUCUUGAUAAUUAUAAAUGAGUGAAUACCAGUUUGCUGUUUCAAAUUAAAGAGAAACAUGAUUUUCAAACAAGUGGCCUUCAGUGCUAUUUCUAUGUUCUGUUAUCUAUAUUUCUAAUCAACCUAUUUGAAUUGUUCUUGUAACCUAUAUUCUCAACUACCCAACCUUUUGGAAGAUGUAUGGUUGUUACUUUACUGUAUGCAUUAUUUAAACCUAUAUUUAAGAUUAGUUAUUCUAUUAUUUAUUUACAAUAGCAACAGUUAUAAAUAAAUGGAUAUUAAACAA